AUGCAAGAUAAUCCCCCAGGUCUAACUCCCCCUCAUAUCCUUUAUAGCUCACCUAUUCAACUACAAGAACAAUAUCAACCCGAGCCAUCACCACCUACUAACCUCAUCUUCUACCAUCAUGUUAUCGAUCUGCUUUCGCUCCCCGCAAAAGUCGUUAAUGCCGGCAUAGUCUUAAUAGAUGCGAUAACGGCCAUAAACAAUAAAACUAAGACGGCCGACGACGUUUUUCGUAAGGGCACAGUUGCAAAUAACCUUUUAAUAAAGACCCGCCGUGCUCUUGCCUCUCGUGUUAAUGAUGCUUCUUCCCUUCUUCGAGCCCGUAUCGCCGCUACUUUCUUUGCCGCCGCCAAUGCUAAAAGUCCCUUAACUGGCUUAAGUCCCGUCCCGGCGUUACGCCUACUUGCCGCCGCUGCCACCGCCGAUCCAGCUUCGCUAGACCUAUUGCGUCAGAUCCUAGCUACAAUAGAUCGAAACAAUACUUUGUUAAAUAACUUUCUUAGCCGCAUUGCCGAAAAGUCUUCGUCCCUUUCAUCUUUAUCUUCGGAAUCGCCAGCACUUCUUACCGCGAAAAAGCUCCGCCGAAGUGCCCGCCAAGCUUUUAAUCGCAGCAAUACCGGUGAUUCCUCUUCGCGAGGUUCCAGCCGUAGCAAUACCCGUGGUUCUACGAAAGGUUCGAGUCGUAGCAACAUCAGUAAGACCUCGAAAAGUAAGAGCAGUGCCCAAGGUGCUGCGAAGGGCUCUCGCACCAUUCCACCUAGCCUUAAGUUGUAA